CCCUGUUAUUGGAAGCUUCUUCAAUUCAGAGCUUUUCUAAUUCCACCUCCAUUCACCAUACAAAUCCAAGUUAGGGUUUUUAUUUUCUCCCCAAAAAUCCAAUGGAUUUCCAGAAGAAGAGAAUCCAAUUACUGCUCUUCAUUGUUGGCAUCAUCGUCCUCAGUAUCACAGCUGAAAAAUGUCGGCAACUGGUUGGGGAAGAGAGUUCAUCUCAGAGUGGGAAGUUUACAUUCUUGAACUGCUUUGACAUGAGUUCCGGAACACUAGCUUGUUCUGUCAAAGAGGGAGUGAAGCUCUAUGUUAACAACAUCAGAGCUUCUCAUGUUGAGACGAUGAGGCAUAAAGCAAUUGAAGGUGCAUUGGCUGAUGCAUUGUCCCAGGGGAUAUCGGCUAAAGAUGCAGCCAAACAAGCACAGACAGCAGGAGCAAAGGCAGCGAAACUGGCAACACGGCAAGCAAAGCGGAUAAUAGGUCCUAUCAUCUCUUCUGGAUGGGACUUCUCUGAAGCUAUUUACUACGGUGGUGCAAUAACAGAAGGGAGUGUCAGGGGCACCGGAACCAUGUUUGGCACCUAUGCUGGAGGCUUUCUAGGAGAGCAACGGCUUGGGAGAUUUGGUUACCUUGUGGGAAGUCAAUUGGGCAGUUGGGUCGGAGGUAGAAUUGGAUUGAUGGUCUAUGAUGUGAUUAACGCGGCGAAUUACAUACUCCAAUUUGGUAUACCCGAACAAAGUUCAGCUGAAGCUCGUGAAACUUCCGCCUAUGAGAACUCCGAAACACAUGAACAUUCUGAACUGAGGUGAAUGAAAUGAAAUAUGUUCGUUCCUUUGCUUCUUUUCGCUCAAUGUUAUUUUGUAGAUGCCAAUAUAAGAAAAUAGAUCAGUUACUCAUUCUAAUAUGCGUAUACUUUUACAGAUGGUAUUUCCAUAGAAUUGCAUGCUUCGUUCUUACGCUGAA